AAGAAAAGACUUAAAGCAGCGCACAAGUUCUCCUUAGAUGUUUCGUGUCAGUCAACCAAAGCAGCAUGGCAGAAGUCUUGAGCAUCCCGAGCAUUAGUGCCAAAGUCAUGCAGAAGAAACGGGAAAUUGAUGGUAGGAAUGGACUUCACUGCUACUACUAUAGUAGCAUAAAGAUGAAGAAUGUCCUUGCGGAGAUGCCAAGAAUACCCUUCAAGGGCCUUGUAUUCUCUGCUCUUCUGUAUUGUCCAAGAGACGGCCCACAGUUCCGCUUGACUGCUGCACCGAAGCAAGGAGUGCCAGAUAACGGGAAAGAGAAGUACGUGGAAAUAAUGUGCAGCAUGACGAACGACAAAUAUCAAGCAUGUUUCAAAGGAGCACCGAAUUCAAGAGACACCCAGUAUCCCAAGGAUUCAAGUCGUGAUAUCGAAACCCCAAAACAGGGUGAAUACUUCUGGUCCCACUUGAAGUUCACCGGAAAUAAUAUCACAGCAGGAUACAUCAACGAUGACUUAAUAUCAGAAACGAAACCCACAAACAAAGACAUUAUACCGUACGACCUUCUUCGGGCCAUAUGGGUCUGGGACAACAGCGAUUUCGAAGAAUGCAUCUACAGGGAAUUUCACUGGACGUGCCCGACAGCAACAGUGCCUCUGUUUCAGCCGAAUAUGAUCAUAAACCCGAAAGGAGCGGCGAACCUAUACCCCGGGGGACUGCUGACUGUCAGAGGGAAUUUCACCGUAACCAAUAGAAGCAUUGGAACAAAGAUGAGGCUUGAACUGACCGGUGAAGGUCUGUCGACGUCAUUCGCAGAUGUCCAUGCACCAGAUGGGGUCGACAUCGACAAGAACACGACUUGGCGGACAUUUGACCUAAUCUUCGAGGUGCGAGGUGGGAAUCUUUACUACACCUGCGACGGUCAGCCGGGAGAAUUCAUCAAAGCGGUAGGAGCUACAGAAGGUGCGGUCAGGAUCAAUCUGAAGGACAACUUUCACGUGAUCAACGUAAUAUCGAUGGAUGGACUCGGCGUGGCGGCCUAGUAAAGAAUGAAUGGACUUCACCGGUAGUGCUUCUCGACUGGACCCGUUUUUGUAUUUUGUGGUUGAUCCUGUAAAAGUGUGUGAUAAAGAGCUGCAUGGAAUGCUCUGUUCUAUUGUGCA